AUGAUUUCUCUUUCCAUAGACAGUGUGGAAGACCAUCUUGCAUGGAGCAAGGAUGUCAACGCUUACAAUGGUGAAGAGCCCACGGAAAAGUUACCUUUUCCCAUCAUUGAUGAUAAGAAUCGGGACUUUGCCAUCCAAUUGGGCAUGCUGGACCCAGCAGAGAAAGACGAAAAGGGCAUUCCUGUGACUGCUCGCGUGGUGUUUGUUUUUGGUCCUGAUAAGAAACUGAAACUGUCCAUCCUCUACCCAGCUCCCACUGGCAGGAACUUUGAUGAGAUUCCUAGAGUAAUUAUCUCUCUCCAGCUGAUAGCAGAAAAGAGGGUGGCCACCCCGGUUGACUGGAAGAAUGGGGACAGCGUGAUGGUCCUUCCAACCAUCCCUGAAAAGGAAGCCAAAAAACUUUUCCCUAAAGGAGCCUUCAUCAAAGAGCUCCCAUUUGGCAAGAAAUACUUCCGCUACACACCCCAGCCAUAG